GUUACCGGAACCCAGAGAAGCGGGCCGGAGAGCGAGUCUGUGGGUAUGGCAUUGUCUGGGAUGUCAAGCACUUCCAUAUCUAUCAGCCUUCCUGGAACCACCUCCAGAGAAUCAGCGGCAGAAAUUGAUUAUUUUAGGCUCAGGCAGCCGAAUGCACCACAUACUGGAAUUGAGAAGGGAGUUGCGGCAAUUCGUAUCCAAAGAACAUGGAGGUGUUACAAUAACAGAAAGCUUUUUAAACUUCUGAAACAUACAGCCCGUGCUGCAGAAACAAGCGCAUCAUACGGUAUUUUGAGGAAAAUCAGUCCUUUGGAAGCAGAACUAUUAAGGGAUCCUGGCAUGCAGUGUAAAGUUCGAUUCAGAUUUGCUGGUCAUGAGUUUCCACCUUUCAUUGUCUUUAAGAUUUUCCACCGCUCAGGUGCCUUUGGGAACCGAUACAUAUGUGGGAAGAGAAUACUUCAUCCUUCCAGUGAGGCUGCAGCUGAUGCCUGCAAGUUGAUGGGUCACAGAGCAUAUUAUGAUCAAAUGAUCUAUGAUGAACUGGAGUACCAGAAGCAUAAAAUCACAGAUAUAGUGGAUGUGGCUACUGUUAAAGACUAUGUUAAAUACAAAAGUCACCUUGAUGAGACCCCAGCAUAUCUUGGAGGCCGUGACAACUGCUGGAGAAGACUGUCUCUGAAAAAUAUGCCCAGGACAACAAUUAUGUACGAUAUAGUGGAAUAUGCUGAGUCUGGGGCCCUGUCAGAGAGACUGAAAGGAGAAAUGCAAUUACUUUUGCAGGUGCCUCGUACUGAAGAUCUGCAAGUGAGGCAGCUCAGCGCUAUCACACAGUCCAGAUCUCCUGGCCCUCCACCAUCACCAGUGUCCUCUGCCAACAAAACACCUCAGCGUCCCCCAUUGUUGUGGCACUCGGCGCGGCGUUCACAGAAGGCUCGUCUAAAGGCAGUCAAAAUGAAGAGACUGUAUAGCAUUAGAAAUGAAACAAAGGAACUCAUGGAUGACACUACAGAAGAGAACAGGCUGGAGUUCUCAGAAAGAACAAAUGCUGGGGAAAAGGUGCACAUUUCAGAUGAAGACUGGGAUGAAGAGGCAGAGAAACUUUAUAGAUGGAGCCAAGGGCUGUCUCUGGAUGAGAGUACAAUACCAUCCCCUUUACUCCAUUAAACUAAUUUUAACUGUACAACCAGCAAAAACAGUUAUUUGGGUGUUUUCCUGUAGAGCAGAUUGCUUUCAUGUGCUGCCCUGUCAGACUGUAUGAGAUGCAGUCAUCUUACUUCACUCAGGACAUCAAGGGUUGAUUAAGAUUAAAGGAAAACUAUACCCUCAGAAUCAA